AUGGAUCUGACUGAAGAGAUCGAAAACAAUGGUGGCAUAUGGGCUUUGGAGCAGAAGAUCGAUCAACCAAUGGACGAAGAGGCUGGUAGUACAGAUGAAUAUCCUGAUUUAAAGGAAAAUGAGCAGCUUGCCAUGGCUAUUCAAGAAAGCUUGAACAUCAACAUGAACUCACCACCACGAAAUAAACAUGGAAGCAUGUUUCCUCGUUUGCCAUGUUUCUUUCCAAGUGUAUACAGGAUAUGUGCAGGUUGCAAUGGUGAAAUUGGUCAUGGGAGGUUUUUAAGCUGCAUGGGAGGCGUUUGGCAUCCAGAAUGUUUCCGUUGUCAUACUUGCAAUAUUCCAAUAUCUGAUUAUGAGGUCCAACUCUACUCCAAUUCUUUAACAAGUUUUCCAUGUCUGACAACCGUCCGUUCCACAAAUCAUGAUAUAAAGAACAUCCUCACCCAAAAUGCGAUGUUUGCAAUAACUUUCAAAGAUGUAGGCUUAGUGAAAGAACUCAUGGAUGAUUGUUUGACUAGUCAACUCUCCAAUUUCCUUCGUCCACACGAUGUUGUUUCUGCAUUGGGCCCCAUGUAUGAAGGUCAUGACAACAGUGGAUGCAAAAAAUUGCAGUCUCAAAUCAACCACUUGGAAGAAACUAAAGAUGUGCAUCCUCAGUUCAGUCCUUGA